AAACUUAAUCAAUUGAAAAAACCGACUCUACUGGAGAAAAGAUUAAUCGAUGCUUUCGAAGUGUUCGACAACGCAAGAAGUCAUGAGGUGGAUGUUAGAGAAUUGGGAACAAUAAUACGAUCUCUUGGUUGUGUAAUUACAGAAGCAGAACUGCAAGAAAUACAGGUUGAGGUUGAGGAUGUAGAAAAUAACUGUGUGCCACAAGCUCGGUUUAUUGAAUAUAUGUGCAAAGCAAUCAGAGAACGAAAAUUCAAACCAGCAGAUCCAGAGGAUUUGCUGAAAGCGUUUCAGUUACUGGAUGUGGAAAAUCGUGGUUAUAUAAUGAGAAAUGAUUUAGAAAGGGCCUUGAUGGAAGUUGGUGAACCAUUUUCCAAAGAAGAAAUUAACGAAAUGAUGGCUAUAGCUUGUGAUUCGGAAACUAAUAGAGUCAACUAUGAACACUAUAUCAAUUUAUUAAUCUAAAUCAAAAUGGGAAAAGAAAAAAAUGGUCGUACAGAGUUUUUGAAAUAUAUUUUUAGAUAAAAUUUCCUGAAGAACUGAAUCUAUAUUCUCUUUUUCAAAAAGAAGAGACAGGAAGAUUAGCAGCUUUGUAAAAAAAACGCGUUUUGGGUAGCAUGAUGUUCAAACACAGUACUGCAUGAAAAUAAGGCACUAUGCACGUCCUCUCUGGAGAAAAAUAAUGUACAAACAUUUUAUUUGAAAAAAUCGUUUAUUAUUUGUACAAAAUUAUACUUUUAAAAGUAAUUAUUUUUUAUAACCUUUUGCAUACAUAUAAAAAUAUUUAAAAAUA